AGCGCACGGGCUGGUCGCCAGGGCGCAGCGCCGGAGCCGCGGCGAGGCUAGCGCUUUGUUCCGCGGUUGGGUCUCGCGCCCUCGGGCGCGCGCAUCCCGGGGACCUGCGGGUGCGGCUCUGCCCCAGGCCCGCGGCGGAGGAGCAGGGGCGAUCCCGUGCGCCCGGAGCAGUCCCGGAACCCGCCAGGCCAGGCGCCCAGAGAAGACAGCUGCGGCGCUUCGAGACACAAAGACCAGUGGGAUGUGGAAGCAACUGGGGAGCCGGCAAAGGGAAAGCGAAAGCCGCGGGCCCGAUCAGUGACCGGGUGAAGGCGCCGCGCCGCCCUCCCGACGCCGGCGGUACCCGGGCCUGCCCUUGUGAGCCUUCCUGGCCCAGCCCGGUGCGCCGCAGCCAUGGCCAUUGCUCACCUGGCCACCGAGUACGUCUUCUCAGACUUCUUGCUGAAGGAGCCCUCGGAGCCCAAGUUCAAGGGGCUGCGGCUGGAGCUGGCCGUGGACAAGAUGGUCACGUGCAUCGCCGUGGGGUUGCCGCUGCUGCUCAUCUCGCUGGCCUUCGCACAGGAAAUCUCGAUUGGUACCCAAAUAAGCUGCUUCUCCCCCAGUUCUUUCUCGUGGCGUCAGGCCUCCUUCGUGGACUCUUAUUGUUGGGCAGCCGUCCAGCAGAAGGACUCCUUGCAGGGUGACUCUGGAAACCUUCCAUUAUGUCUGCAUAAGUUUUUCCCCUACAUCCUGUUACUGGUGGCCAUCCUGCUGUACCUUCCCUCCCUGUUCUGGCGUUUCGCAGCUGUUCCUCAUCUUUGCUCAGAUUUGAAAUUUAUCAUGGAAGAACUUGACAAAGUUUACAACCGCGCAAUUAGAGCUGCGAAGAGCGUGCGUGACCUGGACUUGAGAGACGGUGCCUGCCCAGCUCGAGAAGUUAACGAGAACCUGGGGCAAAGUUUGUGGGAGAUAUCAGAAAGCCACUUCAAGUACCCAAUUGUGGAGCAGUACUUAAAGACAAAGAAAAACUCCAAAAAUUUAAUUGUCACGUACAUCAGCUGUCGGGUGCUGUCACUCAGCAUUAUACUGUUAGCAGGCGUCUACCUGGGCUAUUACUUUAGCCUCUCCUCCCUCUCGGAUGAGUUCAUCUGCAACAUCAAAUCCGGCAUCCUGAAAAAUGACAGCACUGUCCCCGAUCGGUUCCAGUGCAAACUCAUUGCUGUCGGCAUCUUCCAGUUGCUCAGUUUCAUCAACCUCGUGGUGUAUGUCGUGCUGGCUCCCGUGGUGGUCUACACGCUGUUUGUUCCAUUCCGACAGAAGACGGAUGUUCUCAAAGUGUAUGAAAUCCUGCCCACCUUUGACGUUCUGCAUUUCAAGUCGGAAGGGUACAACGACUUGAGCCUCUACUUUCUUUUCUUGGAGGAGAAUAUUAGUGAACUCAAGUCGUACAAGUGUCUUAAGGUUCUGGAGAAUAUUAAAAGCAGCUGUCAGGGCAUUGACCCCAUGCUUCUUCUGACAAACCUCGGCAUGAUCAAGAUGGACGUGGUUGAUGGCAAAAAUCCUGAGCCCGUGGAGAUGAUGGCAGAGGACCAGGGGGACCAGACGGCAGAUCUCAAAGAUUUGAAUGUACACAAUGGAACGAAAAUAAAUAAUGGAGAGCAGAAUGCUCGACAGAGACUUCUGGAUACUUCUUGCUGAUGAUUUUUUCCCGUGAACUUCAGAUCAGUGACCUGGGCAACAUGGGAUUCAUUUUGGCUGAAACACCUCUGGCAGGUACCCAGCUGGUUCGCAGUAGAUGGUUCUCAGCAGAGAUACUGAGUAUGUCUUACUGAGUCCCUGGUGAAAACGAUGGUCAACAGAACGUUGUGGAGGAUGGUUCAUGAACUUCCUACGAGACAACGUGGAGACAAGUAAGCCACAGCAAACGUAGAUGUGUACGUCGUCAUCAGACGGAAGGUGGAAAGACUAAUCCUAGUAAGAGUAACAGACCUCUUAGUGCCUCAGAGAAAAACACCUUUAUGUACAGAUGGUGCAACGAGCCUCAGAGCUACUGGAAAGCAAGGACUUUGGGAGGUUUUUUUUGUUCUGUUUUAUGAAAUAAUAAUAAACAUGUCGGGGUAUAAUUUAAUAUGAAUCUUGUCUGUGCCCUGGUGACUGUUGGAUGAGAAAAAUAUUCACUGGCUGACUGUGGACCCAUAAGUGGAUCUGCUCCUGGCAGUAUCCUACAUUGGAAGAAUUGCUGGAGCCUCGAUUCUCGUACACCAGGCUCUGGACCCAGCUACCUGUCAACCUUGACCAACCGAGAUCCUCUAGCCACUAUGUGGUGCCCUCUGCUGCAAAGGGCAGUGGACCCAAGUGCUGCUCUGACUGAGAACUUCGUUAAUAAGAUAGCAUCGAAAGGAUAUUGUGACUUCCAUACAGGAAAGAAUGCUUCUGAAAAAGCCCAGUGGGGAAAGCUGAACAUACAGAAGAAGUUAAUCCAAUCACUUUGGAAGAGGUUGUCUGCAGGGAAGUCCUCUGUUGUCAAAAGCAUUUGAGACAGGAUGUUACUUAAACAAAUUCACAGAACACAGAAGGCUUAAAGUGAGGGACAUUUUGCCUAUUACGAUCAGAGCGUAUAAAUGACAUCUGCCACAUGGGUGUGCUUGGAGCCAGAACAACUUCGCAGUUUAUUUAUAUUUAAGAACAUCUUUUAAAAAUUCAUUUAAAUUUAGAAUCGUGUGAUGUCAAAAUUGAGGCCAUUUGGGAAGAACAUUCUAGCAUUGAUGGGGAAUUAUAGAAUAAAUGUUACAAAUGGGUAUAUAGUGUAUCACCCAAGCAUUGUUUCAUAAACAUUUAAGGCUGACCCAGAAUAUCAAAAACCUUUUUCCAAUUCUGAUCAUGUAAAUAGAUCCUACACUAUGUUUACAUUUUAUACAAAAUUCUUAAAAAUGACAUCUGUGGACCUCCCUGUUUUUAUUCUUAGAAAGUUAAUACAUUGCUAGUGGAUAAUCCUCAGGAACUUCAAAGUUUAUGGAUGGCUCUUAGGGACAGUUGUUUACCUAAUCUAAUUACAUAAGCUGCUCUCCACCUUUCAGAAUAUUCACAAAAGCAGAUUUUAUUUGUGCUUCUGUGAUGGUUUCUGAGAUGGAAAGCUAAUGAUAAAUAUCCAGGAUGCAAUCAGUGUUUUACAUUAUUC